AUGGCGACAACGGAGGCGGCAGCUCAGCAACCAGUUUCUGCGCAAGUCGUUGGGAAUGCAUUUGUGCAGCAGUACUAUCACAUUCUGCAUCACUCCCCUCGUCUUGUGCACCGGUUUUAUCAGGACAUAAGCAAGCUUGGGCGUCCAGAGGAGGAUGGCACAGUGAGUAUCACCACCACUAUGCAAGCCAUAAAUGAGAAGAUUGUUUCCCUCAACUAUGAUGAUUUCAGAGCUGAAAUCAAGUCAGUGGAUGCGCAAGAGUCAUAUAAUGGUGGAGUGCAUGUUUUUGUGAUUGGCAGUCUGACGGGGAAGGACAAUGCAGUCCGUCAGUUUGCUCAAGCUUUCUUCCUUGCCCCACAGGAUAGGGGAUACUUUGUACUAAAUGACAUGUUCCGUUAUGUGGAUAGUCUCCGCGUGAAUCUGGCCUUGGUCUCUGAUGUUGUGCCGCCAGUUACGGAUGAGCAAGUUGCUGAUACUGUUGAUGAGAGUCAUGUUUCCGAGCAAAGCACACCUUCUACAGAGGAAGCUAUCACGGGAGAAGUUUACAACCCCCCUGAUGCUCUGGUUGAACAAGAAGUUGUUGACGAAGAAGUCCCGGUAGCUGAGGUUGUGGACGAAGUGCAAGAUGAUGUACAUGUUGUGGAAUCCAGUGCCAAAAUUGAUGAGUUACCAAAGAAAUCUUACGCCUCUAUCGUGAAGCAUCUGAAGGAAAGUGGUGCAAUUAUCUCACCCCCUCUUCCUGCUCCUAGAAAGGCUCCACCAAAGCACGUCGAGCAAGCAAACCGUACACUUGUCCCAGCAACUGAUGGAGCAGUACCCAGUUACGAAGUUGUUGAUAAUGGCAAUUAUCAAGAUGGUGAAGCUGAUGGUCACUCAAUUUACAUAAAGGGUCUGCCAAUGAAUGCUACCGUCUCCAUGCUGGAGGAGGUAUUUAAGAAGUUUGGGGCUAUCAAGAAUGAGGGAAUUCAAGUCAGAAGCAACAAACAACAAGGUUUUUGUUUCGGCUUUGUGGAAUUUGAGGAGGCAAGCUCUGUGCAAAAGGCUCUGGAUGCUUCUCCUGUUGCAAUUGGUGGGCGCCAAGCCUUUGUUGAGGAAAAGAGAUCUACUAAUUCUCGAGGAAAUAUCAGGGGAAGGUUACAACAAUCUGGAAGAGGCUCGGGAUUUAGAAAUGAAGGAUUUCAGGGCCGUAGUGGCAUUUAUGGAGGUGGAAGAGGGACUUACAACAAGGGUGGCUUUCGAAAUCAGAGGGGCGAAGAAAACAUGAAUGGUCGUGUGAGCCGUACAGGUACCGGAGGGGUGGUGGCCAAUGGCAGUGCCAAGAACACAUCGCCUCGUGUAUCAGCUACUGCUUGA